GCCUCGAAUCGUCAAUCCACAAUCACCUCCUAUCGCCAUGUCCAGAUAGGUGUCCACCCGCAUCUAUUCUUUGUUAGAACGACGCGCGCAUACAUACACGCACGCACGCACACACACACACACAGUUAAAGGGAGAGCGCGCCCACUCCGAUGCUCCUUCGCGACCGCCCGCCAUGGAGUUCAUGACCGCCCUCAGGGGUUCCUUCGACGACCAGAAACCGUCCCUGUUCGAGCUCAUCUCCGAGCAGCAGCUCAACUCGCUCCUCCCGCCGACAAUUCGUUACCUCCUUACCAUCGCGACCCAGCGCUACCCUCGAUAUCUCCUGCGUGCCCUCAACUCUUUCGACGAGCUCUACGCCCUGUGCAUGCUCGUGGUCGAGCGCCACUACCUCAAGACCCGCGGCGGCAGCUUCACCGAGAACUUUUAUGGUCUCAAACGCGAAAAGGCCCUGCACGCCGAGAUCCCGCGCGCCAGCGCCUCCGCCCCGGGCGUUGUCCGGGACACGCUGAAGCUCAGUACGCGGGAUGUGUGGAUGAACCUCGCCGUCGUCGUCGGCAUUCCUUACCUGCGGCGGAAGCUCGACGAGGGCUACGAGAUCAACGCGCCGCGCGCCCUGCUCGGCGCGGCCUAUACGCAGAUGCCGCCGAACCCGACGCUGAAGCAGCGCUUCCUGCACUACUACCGCUGGUUCCUGCGCAACGUCUACCCGAGCGUUAACGCGGCCUACUACUUUGCGCUGCUGUCCUUCAACCUGGCCUACCUGUUCGACAACAGCAAGUAUCACAACCCGUUCCUGUGGCUCAUCGGCACCCGCAUGCGGAGGAUGACGGGCGCCGAUUACCAGGCCAUCGACGCCCUGACGAGCGGCAAGCCGACCGGCAGCGCGGGAGCAAGAGCGCCCCCGGGGUGGCGGUCACUGUUCUCGCCGCGCGAGAUGGGCCCACGUCUGCUGUCCAGCCUGUCGAUGCUGCUGCCCAUGAGCAUCUUCGCGCUCAAGUUCCUCGAGUGGUGGCACGCGUCCGACUUUGCCAAGCAGCUCUCGCGCAAGGCGACGGAGACGCUGGAUCUCCCGCCACCUGUGGUCUCAGGUCUCGGGGGCGGCAAGGGAGGAGCUGGGGCCGAGAAAGAAAAGAGCAAGGCUAAGGAGAAGGCUGCUAGUGGUGGUAAUGACGACGACGAGGCCGCCACCGCUGUUCCAGCUGCCGAGACGGCGCCAAUCGCAACGCCGUCGCUGCUGCCCAUCUACACGGUAGCCGCGCCCAAGGACUCGUCGCUGUGCCCGAUUUGCCAAGAUGCCAUCGUCACGCCAACAGCGUGUCAGACAGGCAUCGUGUACUGCUACACGUGCAUCCACCGCUGGCUGGAGGGUCUUCACCCCAUGCAGGAAGAUUUCAUGGGUGAUAAGGAGGGCAAGUGGGAGAGCGGGCAGGGGCGGUGUGCGGUCACCGGCCGACGCGUCCUGGGGGGUACGGAAGGGCUGAGAAGGAUCAUGGUGUAGGAUUAGAUAUCGUGGCGGUGCGAUUCUCACCCUCCUCCUCCCCUCCUCCAUGGGAUAAACUAGGCUUGAGAAGAGAGCGGCAUUCACGAAAAGGGAUCAUACAUCAUGUAUCACUUAGACGGUAGAGACGGGCGGUGGGCAUCAACCGGAAAAGGCCAGGGCGUUCGGAUCACGAUCAGUGGUUUUUUUUUCUACCCCUCCCCCUUUCCCCUUUGCCUCGUUCACAUAUC